AUGGCGGGACAAGAUGACGCCAAAGAGCCGGUGCGGCAAUCGCUGCCUCUUCGUCCAGCGGCACAUGCCACUCUCGACCUCGACAGGCGGUGUUUCCGCUUGCUCAAGCUCCACCCGCUGUCGUUUCCAGAGAGGCAGAUACAGUGCUGCCUGGAGGACCAUAUCUUUGGCGAUGAAAGCGACACAAUCCCGCCAUAUGAGGCUGUCUCGUACGCCUGGGGCUCUGACGCCGCGACGCACACGAUACAGGUCGACGGUGCUGAUUUCCCCGUCACGCGCAAUCUGUACACCAUCCUGCAGCACCUCUCGCCGCAAGGCGGCGCUGCUGACACUGCCACGCGGAUGCUCUGGAUCGACGCCAUCUGCAUUGAUCAGUACAACCCCCACGAGCAGAGCCACCAGGUGCGGCAGAUGCGGGACAUUUACGCCAGCGCCAGCAGUGUCAUUUUCUAUCUGGGCGACCCCACGGCUGACACGAACCUGGUCAUGACGGCGCUGGGCAUGCUGGACAGCCGGAUCACCGACUUUGGUCGGCAACACGUGGACGAGCUACUUCUGGACAUUAUCUGGGACGAGGUGCAGACCGAGCUCCGUGAGAAGUUCUCAGCGGUUGCAGAGCGGCAGCGAAACGGGCUGCACGAGCUCUUGCAGAGAUCAUGGUUCAAGCGGGUCUGGAUCAUCCACGAGGUCGGGACCGCGAAGCAAGGUGUCGUGCAAUGCGGUGCGCGAACCGUAUCGUGCGAGACUUUCGUCUUGUCUCCCGCGCUGCUCCACGUUGACGUCGGGGCAGAACGUCGAGACAUUCUCGAUGCCAUGCCCACGCCAAAGCGGGCAUCCUCAUGGCUCAGCCAGGACCGCAAGAACGAACGGAGCUUGUACCGCCUGCUGCAAAAGUUUCGCAAGGCCGAGGCGACGCUCGACCGCGAUCGGAUCUACGCGCUGCUUGGGCUCUGCGAGAACUCGCCAGCAAGCAGUCGGCAGCCAGGCAUGGUAGUCGACUACAAGAAGACGGACGACGACAUCAUACGGGACACGAUUGCGCACAUU